AACAUAAACCUCUGGGACAGUAGGGACAUCAUCCACUUAGAUCCCAGGCAUCCAAGUAGGUGGGUCGUCGCUCUCCACCGCACUUGGGGACGAACAACCUCCGGGACAGUAGGGAAAUCAUCUACUUAAAUCCCAGGCAUCUAGGACAGUAGGGACAACAUCCACUUAAAUCCUAGGCAUCCAAGUAGGUGGGCCGUCGCCCUCCACCACACUUGGGGAACAUAAACCUCUGGGACAGUAGGGACAUCAUCCACUUAGAUCCCAGGCAUCCAAGUAGGUGGGUCGUCGCCCUCCACCGCACUUGGGGACGAACAAAUAAAAAAUAUUUUCGAAUAAAAACUCCAACCCCUGAGGGUUUUCCAAAGCUGCACCCCUGAGGGUCUUCCUGAUGGUUUACCGGAAGUACGGGCCACCAGGGCAUAGGAAUUCUUUCGAACCAUCUUAUGAAGAUGGUUGUCCAGGCAUCCCGAGGGUGUCAAACAUGUGUCUCGAUUACACAUGAAGACGGAUUCCAAAGCAGCAGGGAGGUUGUCCCUGGUCUUGACGCUCCAAACAAGACACAAAUAUAUAGAUUCGAAAAAAGAUAUACAAAAGGUUCUAAAUUUGUUGUUAAUAGCAUGCUUACAUGAUAGCGUGGUCGGAGGGAACGUACCAUUGCCACCCCCGAGUCUUGGGAGUGAUCUUGUCGAUUCCAGGACUGUUACGCAAAUAUCAAAACAGAAAAUAUAACCACAAAUUUAGAGAAGGAGAAUAUGAACUUUCCUGAUAAUAAUUCUGAUGUCCAGCGUUCCAUGUCCUCAGAAUAUCCUUUCCUUCAAGAUGUUCCUGAUAGCUGGUUCCGGACGUCAAGAGAGGCGACGGUAGCUGAUUGGUAGCCGGAGUCUCCGAGGUCUUCCUUCCCUUCCAUAGAUUGACAACGUCGUUCUUCAUCUCAUGUGACAUCCUUCCUCCAAUAGAUGUCAAAAAGCCCCUCCUUCUAGCGCCAAUUGUUAACGGAGGAAUCUGGUGAUAACAAGAUUCGGGGAGGGUUGCUGGAACUUGUGGUGGACGAUGACGGCGGACGACGGAGUAUGGGUGGUGAUUUUGGUUUUGGCUGAGAUCGUUUGGGGGAUUAGGGUUUUCUCACAAGAUCGAAGGUGUAUUCGCUCUUGCAAGGGUUGCGACCUCUCCCCAAACAAUGUGCCUACGUACCCUAUUUAUAGGGAUCAAGCCAGACGUAGUUCUUGGGGAACAAGUAACCUAAUCAGAAUAGGUUUCUCAUUCCUUGGUUCCAGCGAUGGGCCACCGCCUUAGAUCAGACGGACGUGGGCUUCUGGAGCCCAGCCUCCUCCGAGGAGCAUGGAACUAGGUGGGCUGACCAGCACUAGCCCAGGUGGACCUCCUCAGACUCAGCUGUAUGGGCUAGCCCUCCGUCCUCUCUUAGGGCGAGGCUAAUGGUGGACCUGGGCCCAAGAUAAAACAAUAAUAAUCAGGCCUGAGAAGCAGGCGUAUCUGGUCCAUUCCGCACUGGGCGAGGAAGAAGCGUAUUGGGCGAGGACUCAAUAGCUGAGGACGAGGACCCCAUCGAAGACCUGGGCCGCGUGACUUGACCCACGUUAAGGGCGAGAUUCCAUAUCGGGCGAGAACUUGGCUGAAGACCGGGUCUUACCUGGUGCCGGGCCUUGUGCCCUGGACCAUGCUGAUGGCGAGGAAGGUAAGCAUUAGGCGAGGCUUCAUCACAGAGGGCGAGGACUCCUUGAAGACGGACCGCCAGUCAUUGGGCCGCGAGGCCGACACAUGCCUAUGACGAAGGUCCAUACUGGGCGAGGACCCUUACUGGGCGAGGACCCUUCUGCUGACCCGGGUCCAUCUGUUGCUGGUCCUCACUUCCUGGGCCACAUAGAUGGCGAGGUCCACGUAAUGGGCGAGGACGAUCCCGGAGAUCGGUCCUUUCCUUGAAUUAAGGCGAGAUUUAUGCAAUCAUCUUCCGAGUUGAUAUUUGGCCAUAACAACUACCCCCUAAGCCCUUGAAGCAUAAGUGCGAAAGGGUUUAAAGAAGCUUCAGGCGAGGAAGAUGGUUAGUUGGCUGGUUUCCUGUAAUAGUACUCUGGCGAGCUCCAUCCUUGGGCGAGGACUCCAUCAAAGAGCCAAGUCAUUUAGAUAAUCAAGUAUCACAUUCCGGACAUGACUCCAGGAGAGGACUCAUUGAAGGCGAGGAUGGUAUAAGUCUUCCACUCCGGUUAGCUAAUUGCUAGAAUCAGCAACGGGCGAGGACGCCCCUCAAGCGAGGACUCCGUUAAGGGGUCGAGCUGAAGGUGAGGCUUAGCUGAGCGAGACGAUCAGUUGAGUGAAAAGAUGGUUAACAGCUGAGUGAGAGGACGAUCGAUAGCUGAGUGAGAGGACGAUCAUCAGCUGCGGUAGACGAGCUCAUCAGCUGAGUGAGAGGAUGAUCAUCUGCUGAGGGCGAGGACGAUCAUCAGCUGAGGUAGACGAAGCUCAUCGGCUGAGGGAGAUGACGAUCAUCUGCUGAGGGCGAGGAUGAUCAUCAGUCGAGGUAGACGAAGCUCAUCAGCUGAGUGAGAGGACGAUCAUCUGCUGAGGGCGAGGAUGAUCAUCAGCUGAGGUAGACGAAGCUUAUCAGCUAAGGGAGAGGACGAUCAUCUGCUGAGGGCGAGGACGAUCAUCAGCUCAGGACGAAGCUUAUCAGCUGAGGUAGACGACGAUCAUCAGCUGAGGGAGAGGACGAUCAUCUGCUGAGGGCGAGGACGAUCAUCAGCUCAGGACGAGCUUAUCAGCUGAGGUAGACGAAGCUCAUCGGCUGAGGGAGAGGACGAUCAUCUGCUGAGGGCGAGGACGAUCAUCAGUCGAGGUAGACGAAGCUCAUCAGCUGAGUGAGAGGACGAUCAUCUGCUGAGGGCGAGGAUGAUCAUCCGCUGAGGUAGACGUUAUCUUCGAAGGAUGACUCAAAAUUUGGCUAUAACGACUACCCCCCAGUUCCUUGUAACAUAAGUGCGAAAGGGUUUAAAGAAGCAUCGGGCGAGGAAGAUGGUAAGUGCUCGCCUGUUGUUGCCCGUCAUAUAUCAAAAUUUUCGUCUUGGCUCAGAGAUUCUUGCAAAAAUGGUGGAAAAAUCACAUUGGCUACACAAGAGACGCCAACAGGAUUCAAAAGUCCUACCUCGAAGCGUGAGAAAACUGGCCAUUCGGGGCGUGCCACGUGGCUUUGAUGUCAGUAAUUUUCCCGCCUCAUCCUUCCUCUAUAUAAGAGCAGCUCCUUUCAUUCCAAAAGUAUACACACGAAGUGCUGCUGGAUUAUUCUCCUGAAUUGGUAGCAUCAGGCGACGCUUUUCUCAAAGCCUCGCACCUUCUACCGCUUUCAGAAAUUGCAGGAAAGAUGGCCGAACUUCCUUUUGGUAAUAACCCUUUUGCUGGCAGGCAAGUUCCUGUUUCACAGCCUCGCCCCACUAUCUCUGUGAAUGCCACUCCUACUCUUCGCCGGAACCAGACCCCUCCACCGGAGAAAGGAUUGAGGGCGAGGAACAAGCAAAAACGGGGGAACGAAGAGGAAGUUGCAGCCUCAAAAAAGAAACCAAGAAAGGGCGAGGAGUCGACCCCCUCUGUUGUGUCUGUCGCCUUCAGUGUUUUGGCCGAAGACAACUAUGAUGCUGUGGACGUCAAAGUCUGGUCGUCAAAGAAAGCUGAUGAAGCUGAACAUGGCUUCAAGUUAGGAUUGGGCGAGGCGUUUUUUCAGGGCCUCAACGUCCUUGCCGCCAAAAAUGCUCACAUAGCAGAGCUGGAAAAGGCGAACACGAAGCUAAAGAGCGAGGCAACAACGUCCGCGGAUCGUCUGAAAGACCUCCAGAAGAAAUACAAAGAUGAUAUCAAGACAAGGGAUGCCCAGAUCAGGAAUGUUCAGGAUACCCUCAAUGAACUCACUGAGUCCUCAACUUCAGCCGCCAACCUCGCCAACUCUACCAUCGCAGGUCUCCAGUCUGAGCUUGAGGGCGAGAAAGCCUCCAAAUCCAAGGAGCUGAGCGACGCAUACCGCCUUGGGUUCUCGGAAUAUCUUAUCAAUUUCUUGGCUGCGGACCCUGACUACGACUGGACGACGUUCUUCGCCCCUUCUACUCCUGCUUUCAUGGUGGGCUUCAAAGAGGCUAAUGCUACCGCCAUUGAGAAGGCGAGGAAGGAUCUUGAGACGAAGAUCCUUUCAGAGAAGGAGGCGUUGGCCAAGAAAGGUGGCGAGACCACACAGGGCGAGGCAGGAGACAAGGGCGACGGUGAGGCCAUCACCACUGAGCAUCAGAAAGAAUGAACUUUUUAUUUUGAACAGUCCUAAAUACAUUUGGAGUGCGAGCUCUCUGUAAUUGGCCUUGCCAGUUGUAUUUGAAUUCUAACUCUUUUGUUGUUGUAGUCCCGUGCUUUUAAUUUAUCUUGCUUCAUCGUCUUCGCCAUGUCUUUUUGAGAAUAUUUAUACCUGCUUGCACCUCGAGGGUUCAUCCUUCCCUUGACCACUCAUCUUUAAGAUAGCUGCACAGGGCGAGGAUCCAUCCUCGGGCGAGGGUCUUAGCCUCUUAUUUUUAUUCUUCCUUGUAUGCUCAUAAAUGAAGACGAGGAUUCACCCCUCCCUUGACCACUCAUCAUUAGGAUAUCAGGCGAGGACUCUUCUUGUUUUUGGUUGCUUUCCUACGUUUGAGAUAGGCAGAUAUGGCGAGGACCUUGAUGGGGCGCGGACUUCAAUAUUCUUUCUCGUGAAAUCUAAAAGGGCGAGGACUGUCCUUCCCCUUGUUUACUUUCAUCCUCACUUCACGCAUCUCCCUUAUCCGAGUGUCCUCGUCCUCGCCUUUAGCAAAAGGUGAAGUUCUCCCUUGUUCUCAUAUGCAGUCGCCGUCCUCAUGCAUCCGAACAUUGCUUCGCUAGCAUUCAGGGCGAGGACUCUUCAACGGGCGAGGACUGUGCCUCUGGUCUUUGCGUCUUAUUCUUGCUUACUUACUUCGUCUUUUCCUUUGUCCUCGCCUGUAGCAGGGGGCGAGGUUCUUCUUCUUCGUUUCAAAGCUUCUCCGAGUUACUCAACGGUCGGCUUCCCUUGAAGAGUCGCGACCUUUCGCUGAAAACGAGUUCAGAAUACAAAGAGUUCAGACGUACCUCCUCCGGGACAGUAGGGACCUCGUCUACUUAAAUGCCAGGCAUCCAGGACAGUAGGGACAUCAUCUACUUGAAUCCUAGGCAUCCAAGAAGGUAGGUCGUCGCCCUCCACCUUACUUGGGGACAAACAACCUCCGGGAGAGUAGGGAAAUCAUCUACUUAAAUCCCAGGCAUCUAGGACA